AUGCUGUUCGGUAUUAAGCUAGCUAACGACGUGUAUCCUCCUUGGAAGGAUUCCUAUAUCGACUAUGAACGAUUGAAGAAGUUGUUAAGGGAGAGCGUCCUACACGACGAUCCCACUGCCCUCGAUAACUGGUCUGAAAGAAAUGAAUCGGAAUUUGCCGAGGCCCUGGACAAAGAAUUAGAGAAAGUUUAUACUUUCCAAAUAUCCAAAUACAAUGCUGUCUUGCAGAAAUUGGAUGGUUUGGAGGAAAACACCAAAUCAUCUGAAAAAAUCCUGAAACUAAACACUGAGCAGUUCAAAAACACUCUAGAAGAGUGUUUAGAUGAGGCUCAGAAAUUGGAUGAUUUUGAUAGAUUGAAUUUCACCGGGUUCAUCAAGAUUGUGAAGAAACACGACAAGUUGCAUCCAAACUACCCCUCUGUAAAGUCUCUUUUACAAGUUAGAUUGAAAGAGCUGCCCUUCAAUAACUCAGAAGAGUAUUCUCCCCUGUUGUAUAGGAUCUCAUAUCUAUACGAGUUUUUAAGAUCGAAUUAUGACCAUCCAAAUACGAUGUCCAAGUCAUUGGCAAGCACUUCCAAGUUGUCUCAUUUUUCCACUCUUGAAAAUACUAAUUUCAAAAGCUACAAGUUUUGGGUUCACGAAGAUAAUCUAAUGGAGGUCAAGGCAAGAAUCCUAAGACAUUUACCAGCUUUGGUGUAUGCGUCUAUUCCAAGCGAAAAUGACGACUUUGUCGACAAUUUGGAAUCAGACGUCCUGAUGCAACCUGAGAGAAGGUUGAAUAUAGACGUGAAGAACAAUACUCUUUCGAGUGAUAGUAAUAGCAACGAAGACGGUGACGAAGGGAAAAUGAAAAACUCGAUUUUCCCCCAGUCAUAUGAUCCAACAAUCACCACACUAUAUUUUGACAAUGAAUUAUUCGAUUUGUAUAAUAAUAGACUGUUGAAGAUCAGUGCUGCACCUACAUUAAGAUUGAGAUGGAUUGGUAAACUACAGGAGAAACCUGAUAUCUUUCUGGAAAAGAGAACUUCCACAGAAAAUACUCAAACUGGUAAUUCCAGCUUCGAGGAAAUCAGAUUGCAAAUGAAAGCCAAAUUCAUCAAUAAUUUCAUUUUCAAGAACGAUCCAAACUACAAGAAUUAUUUGAUUAAUCAAUUGAGAGAGAGAGGUACUCAAAAGGAAGAUCUAGAAAAAUUAUCCAAAGAUUUCGAUAACAUUCAAAAAUUCAUUGUUAAUGAAACUUUGCAACCGGUGUUAAGAGCUACGUACAAUAGAACCGCCUUCCAAAUUCCCGGGGACCAGAGUAUUAGAAUCACCAUUGAUUCUAACAUCAUGUAUAUUAGAGAAGAUUCCUUUGAAAAGGAUAGGCCUAUUAGGAAUCCAACCAAUUGGCACCGUGAAGAUAUUGAUUCUAAUGUCCCCAACCCGUUGAAAUUUCUGAGAAAAGGAGAAUAUUCGAAAUUCCCAUAUUCCGUUAUGGAAAUAAAAAUUAUAAACAACGAUAAUUCUCAGGUUCAGAACUAUGAAUGGAUCGACGAUUUGACUACUUCACAUUUGGUUAACGAAGUACCCAAAUUCUCUUUAUAUUUGCAAGGUGUGGCUUCAUUAUUUGGCGAAGACGAUAAAUAUAUCAAUAUCUUACCAUUUUGGUUGCCCGAUUUGGAGACAGACAUUAGAAAGGAUCCACAACAGGCUUAUGAAGAAGAGAAAAAAACUUUACAAAAAAAGAAAAACAUCCAUGAUAAACUUGACAACAUGAGAAGAUUGUCAAAGAUCUCACACUCGGAUGGAGGGCCCUUUGAACAAAGACAACCAGAGCAAAGAGAACAGGCUGCUCGCCAUCUCGUUGCUGAUCUAGAAGAUCAUGAAUCAUCUGAUGAAGAAGGUGCAGGAUUAUCCAAGAGAUCCAAAACGAAAAAGGAAAAGAAAUUCAAAACAAAUGCAGCCUUUUUGAAAAUUCUUGCCGGAAAAAACAUAACAUUAAAUUCAACUGAUCCUUACUCUGAUGAUACGGAUACUGCUUCUGCCUUCCAACUACCCGCGGGAGUUAAAAAACCAGUUCAUUUACUAAAAAACGCUGGUCCCGUCAAAGUGGAAGCAAAGGUUUGGCUUGCCAAUGAACGUACAUUCAACAGAUGGUUAAGCGUUACCACUUUGUUAAGUGUGUUGACAUUCUCCAUUCACAACUCAGUUCAGAAAUCCGAAUUCCCGCGAUUGGCUGAUUUGUUAGCUUAUAUAUAUUUCUCUUUGACAUUAUUUUGUGGAAUAUGGGCUUAUAGGACUUAUUUGAAAAGAUUGGCCCUCAUUAAAGAUAGAAGUGGUAAGCAUCUGGAUGCUCCUGUGGGGCCUAUUUUGGUUGCAGUUGUACUGAUCGUCACUCUGGUUGUUAACUUUAGCGUAGCUUUCAAGGAAGCGGCUAGAAAGCAAAGAGAAUUAAUAAAUGUUUCUUCACAAUCUCCAUUGCCCAGUGCCCUGAAGCCAAUUCAAGAUUUCAUUUUUCACUUGGUCGGAGAAUAG